CUGCCAUAGUACCUGCCAAGUGGUAGACUCAGAUCACUGACUCCCACCUUCCGACCAUACUACCCAUACUUACGCUCCCUAGACAAUGACUAUCCCUGAGUACGCGUCUCGCUGGACGCGACUCAUAGCUGUCUCUACUCUCUUCUUCCUUCGACGAUGGUCUCCGGCUCAGGCGCCCCAGCAUGCUAUGCUGGCAGCAAUACCCUCCAGUGGUAUAUCAAUGCUGUCGGAGAGGACCCAUGUAUGACUUACCAGCGACUGCGGCAAGUCUGCAAUAGCAACUUGCGACGAUCCUUUAAGUACGCGGUAUCUCCCGGAUCCGUCGUGUCUGAGGAAGCUGAUUGUCUUCAAGACACUUGCUGCUGCAACUCUAUUGCAUGGUCUCUGCGAAUGCUAUGUAUCAACUGCCAAUGGGACGAGUUCGGCGCGGGUGAUCCUGGGCACAGUGCCAGAACGUCGGGCAGUGGCUUGUACUGCGGGGAUGGGUACAACCAGACAUUACCAGACAGCGUUCAAAACGCUGUCUGCAAUAAGAAUAUCCGGAUCAGUCCCUUCUUGUACAGCAUAUACUGGCCGGAUGGCUCAUGCACGACCUUCGAGUUACUCGCUCAGCAGACUUUGGCCUCGAACCAGUCCCUUGACAUGUGUGCGAGCAACAGCAGCAGUACAACCUCUACCACUUCGGCGACGGGUACGGCCACGAGCACCAACACAGGCACAUCUCCCGCUCAGACUAGUUCAGGUAGCAAGGUCGACAGGGCCGCAGUGGUCGGCGGCACUCUUGGUGCCGCUCUGGGACUCGUGCUCGUUGGCGUGAUCGUGGCGGUUCUGUAUAAGAGGAAGCACCGUUUCCGCCAUAAUAAGCCUACGAUCGUGGACGCGGCCGACGACGGGGACUACCGACCAUCUACCCAAAUGGAUGCGUCCGCCCAUGUGGUCUCACCUUUCCUCAGCCAACCUCGUGGGCAGCGCUCGACCGAGCAGCUAUCACAAGGCGCGGCGUCGAGUAAUGCACAAAGCGAGUCAAACUUGAUUUCGCAAACCUCGUAUCCGCUGCCGACUCCGAUGUUCGAUGAAUCGCAGGUCGAUGGCUACCCUGCUCGUGAAAGGAACAACUUCUGGGGACAGGAAAAGGCCGGCCGUUCAGAAGGAAGCACGAACGACGUUCGACCAGACAUUGAAUUACGCGCGCGCGACGGGGGAGUCUCAGUGCAGGACUGGCAGCUACCUCCAGACUACCGUACCGUGUAUUCGGAAUGAGACAUCAUCGCUCCUCGCAAAUUAUGUAGCCUUGUUGACCCCGAACGGCGCCCGUCACUACUUGUCAUAUGGCCUUGUCUUAGUGCUCUGCGCUUAACCUCGUGGUUGGUGGCGUCUUCGAUGACGGGAGGCUGGACGUUUGCCCAGAUCAAAGUCAGGGCCGCAGUCUGAGUGGAACUUGGAGUCGUGCACCACCACCAUGCACGACCGUCGACCUCGUUGCCAAAGGUUCUUGUGUGCCCUUACUCAGUAAUCGAGUCUACCCCAC